AUGAUGCAAAUCAAGGCGAACAUAGUACGAAUGAAGUAUCGUUCCAUGCGUUCCGAUUUGAAGGAAAAAUCAGUGUUUUACGCGUCAUCUCUAAAAAACUUAGAGGACGAAAUCAAGGAGCAAGAAAAUGAAAUGAAACGUCUACAGAGAGUGAAGGAAGAAGCCAUUACGUUAAGAGAUAACACACAGGAGACGUUGAUAAAGGAGGAAAUUGAAGUUACAAACUGCAGCAAAGAACGAAAUGCUGUACUCGAGGAAUACAGACGACGCGUAUUGGAACGAAAGAUGGAACUCGAACGACUGGAAAAGAUGAUAUUCCAUUCGCGUUCCCGAGACGAUUUCGACACACGUGGGAAAAGUCGCGUGGUGCCCACAGAGGACAUUACCAAGGACGAGGUGACACGACUGGAAGAGGCGUUCUCCAAGCUUCGCAGCGCCACCGGAGUGUCCAGGUCCGAGGACGUUCUGAACCGGUUUCUGGGUCAGCGGGCGACCAAGAAUAAUCUACAGAAAAUGCGGUUGGCCACGGAGCAAGAGAAAAUGGCGUUAGAAAAGCAAAGACAAGAACUGAUCGCCGAGAUGGAGACGAAAAAGUUCUCUGAAACGAAGAACGCGGAACAAAACGCGGAAGAAGUGGAAACGUUGAACAGCCAGAUCGAUGAGCAACGAGCGCGUCAAUUAAAGGCAGAAACGGAAAGACAAAGGGUCGAGGAUCUUCUGCGAGAAAUAACUACGACUUUGUGGAACGUGUGCAAUAAGUUUCGAGAUAUUAUUGACAAUUUGCCUGAGGAGCCAAGUAAAAUUGAAAAUCCCUUGGAACUGAUAGAUUUGAUGAACGAAAAAUCGAAGAGCAUAAUCGAAACCUUAGGUGGACCCGACAAGUAUCUGGAAGUAUUGAACGAAAUUGUAAUCGAUAAGGUAGAAACAGUAUCGAUUACAACGACAUCGGUAGAGGGAAAAGUGGCACGUUCGAAUGGAGGACCGCUGUUUCCACGAUUUCCGUCCUCUACAACACCAGCAACGAUACUUUCGGAAGAAGAGGAAGAGAUACCAACCAGAAAUGCUCUUAAGAAACAGGCACAACAGCUGGUUGACAUAAAGAGCCGUCGAAAAGGAUUCACUUUUAGGAGAUAAACCUGUCUGUUGGAAAUCGAACAUUUUUAUUGUUGAUUAGUUUAUUGUUGAAUUGUUGCUUUAUCUUGUUUAUUGAUACUUUUUUUAGUGAUAUAUCUGCAAUUCUCGAAAUGUUAAA